GCGGGAAACCUGACAAGCCGCAUGGCUGCGGGUUGUUCAGAGGCUCCGCCGCCAAAGGCGGCCUCUGAGGGGCCGGUUGUGGGACAGGCCGGCGUCUUGCCCUGCCUGGAGCUGCCGACUUACGCUGCCGCUUGUGCGCUCGUGAAUAGCCGCUACUCUUGCCUGGUGGCAGGCCCGCACCGAAGACACAUCGCCCUGUCGCCGCGCUACCUUAACCGGAAACGCACCGGUAUCCGGGAACAGCUAGAUGCGGAGCUCCUACGCUAUUCCGAGAGGACAUUCCAGUCAAAGCCUUGGUAAUAGAAUCAAUUUUUCUAAAGGUGACCUGUUAAAAGAAGAGAUUCUUCGUGAACUUAUGCAAAUAACUAUA